AUGCCUGCGGAUAUCCGCCUGUAUCCGUCUGUAUCCGCCGUAAAUAUCCGGAUACGGAUACCAAAAUCAGUAUCCGUGUCCAGCAUUCCCUAUUCAAUUCAUCUUAAUCCAACAAAAUUGUUAAAUAAACGUUCAAUAAGAUACUACUAUACAAAAGUAAAGAAAUGGAAUUGGUUUAAAAAUACAUGGAAACCCAAAAAAACAACGGGAUUUAAAUUAUUUGCUGAUAAAAUUAAGCCGAUAUCCAGUCAAGCAAGAGCAAGUCCUUUAGCUAUUUUACCUCCAAAUCUUGGACCUCCAUUAUGUCAAAUGAUUACAAAAAUGGGCUGGGAUGCAAACCAAAUAAGGAGAUAUAUAAUGGAGGAUGCAGCAAUUAAACGUAUUCAUCCACAACAAUUUGAUGUUGCACAUUUUAAAAGAGCGGUUAUUGAAGCACACAAUCGCUAUAGAAGAUUACAUGGGACUAAUGAUUUAUCACAAGAUGGGGCUUGCGAAAUUGCUGCCAAACGAUGGGCUGACUCCGUUUCGAGACAAUCUGCUUGUCUAACACAUGAACCUCAACAAAGAUUUGGUGAAAGUCUAUUCUUCUACUCAACAUUACAACCUUUAAUUUCUGACCCCGAAACAAUGGCUGAAGCAACUGUUAGAACAUUUUAUAUAGAAGGAAGGGAUUAUAGACGUUCAGCUCGUUGGGUUGCUUCAAGACACGGACAUUUUACCCAAAUGCUUUGGAGGGACACAAAUCGAAUUGGAAUUGGUGUUUCAAUAAUUCCUCAGCCUGCAGGAUGGGGUUGUAUGCCUCCUGGAAGAGGACAAGCCUGGAUAUUUUAUGUUGUUUUGAGGUAUGAUCCUCCAGGAAAUAGAGUAAUUAGUGAAAGAAGUUUUGAUGAAAACGUUUUGCCGGUAGAAAAUAAGGAUAUACAAGCUGUGCAGUGUUUAGCCACAUAA